CUCGUGCAGUAGACAUAGUGAUUAAAAUGUGCAACAUAUUUCAGAUACCAUUCUCUAAAAUCACAAAGCUAGUGUGGUAUAGUAUACAGGAAAUCUUGUACGACAUUCGAAGUCCAGCGCAGUACAAAGACGUCGAAAAUAUUAAGAAAAUCUGUCAAUGAUGAUCAGAUGUUUUCAACACAACUGUCAACAAGAUUUCAAUACUAUCGAUGAAUAUGUUGCACAUCUCAAAGGCCACAACUUGAAGGAUACCCGUGAAUAUAAAUGUACUUAUCGAAAUUGCCCUCAAUCACUAUCUUCAUUCUACAAAUUACGACGACAUCUUGAAUGCCACUCGAACGAUGGAAUCCAACAGAUGAACGACUGUCCAAGUUCUUCGAAAAUGCUGAAGAGUGACGAGCACGAAGUUGGAUCUGUGUUAGAUCUUGAAAAGGACAAGAGCGCAGAUGAAACAGCAUGCCCCUCAACAUCAAAUGCAGACAAACUGCAGAGUUCCUUGAGUGAUUUGGAUCAUCUUGCCAUAAACUUCGUUAUUGAUCUUCAUAGGAAGCGAAAUUUCAACCGCAAAGAUGUUACCGAUAUUCUCGGUGGCAUUCGCUCAGUGUAUUCUAAUCUCGGCGAUUUGAUUGCGUCAUCAGCUCCUGCAUCACAAGAUGGACAACAACAGUAUACUUUCGAUACAUACGUUAAAAAAGUAUCGAAUAUAUUCGAGUUCGUUGAUACAGAGUAUAAACUGCUGAAGUAUCUCGAGGAAACUGAUUUAUACAAGAGCCCUGAUGUAUACGUUGUCAAUAUCGAUAAAGUAGAACUAUGCAAAGAAGUCUCCGAAAAAAAAACACAUCUAGUCAUGACCAAUCUGAAAUUUCAAAUUAGGAAAUUUUUCGAAGUUGAUAACAUUUUAAGCGACACUUUAAAGAACAUGGAAAAUCUAAAACAAAAUUCAAACCUACAAAAUUUUGUAAAUGGUGCACUUUAUCGGUCUGUCGAGGAAAAAUAUGCAGGGAAAAUAGUUAUGCCUGUUUUUUUUAUAUAGCGACGAAUUUGAGAUCAAUGACCCGUUAAGCGCCCACAAUAAACGACAUUCCAUUUGUGCAUUGUACUAUAGUUUUCCAACCCUGCCAAAUCAAUAUACUGCCAAAUUAUCUAAUAUCUUUAUCGCCGGGGCAAUCAAGAAAGUAGAUAUAUCUGAACACGGAAUUGACAAAUUAAUACAACAUGUUGUAACUAGCUUCCAGGACAUAGAAUCUAAUGGUAUCGUAAUACAUACAAAGACGCAAGAGUAUCAUGUGUAUUUUUCGCUUAUGUUAGUACAAGGGGACAAUUUAGGAAUUCAUCAAAUGUUAAAAUUCUCCGGGUCAUUCGCUGCAAAUUUGUAUUGCAGAUUUUGUACCAGA